UGCCAGCAGCGCUUCCUAUUACAGAACACGUCAAUGUGGGGGAAGAAGUCACCAUGCUUGUAAAGGUUAGACAUUCAAAUGGUGUUGAAGCAAAGGUCAUUGAUUGUGUUGCAAGCGAUGGGACUGCUGAAAAUGAACAAUUGCUUAGUGAUUCCAACGGAUGCACUGUUGAUGCUGCAAUAUUUCCACCUCUUCAAGAGAAAACCAACAGCAAGACCGGCAUCAAAAUGAUUCAUACUACUUUUCCCGCUUUCAAGUUCCCGGAAAGGGAGAAUCUGCAUUUGCAGUGCAGAGUGUUGAUUUGCAACUCCACUUGCCCACUGGAGAGUUGUUCCAAAUCUCGCUGGAGCACACGAGGACGGUCAAGAUCCACGAGAACCUCUUCUCGGAACACUAUCUUACGAGAGAUGGGAGUUUUCAACUCGGUUGAAGUGAGAACUCCCCAUGUCGAGAAAAAGACUCACACCACAAGUGCUGCGAGUGUGAAAGAACCUGCGACACCACGCCCGGAUGAUAUGUUCUGCUUGAAUUCGGCUCGCAUGGUCAUCAUCAUCGGCAUCUUGUUGGGUGUCCUCCUCGUGUCUCUGGUUGUCACCAUCUGCACUUGCGUUCGUGCUCGAGAGCUCCGCAGACGACUCGCUCAGCGACAGACCCUCCCCUAUGGAAAGGUGCACGAAUACUCCUGACAAUUCCCGAAAGAGGAGGGACCCUCCAAAAGUGUCG